UUUCCCGUAGCUUGGACAUGGGACAUGUCGACAGUCUGGGUCGACCCCAAGACGGACGCAGCGUUUCCGGAUGCAGCGAUGGUCGACCUUUGGCGGCGAUGGUCGACCACGUGGGCCCUUCCUUUGUAUAGCAUUUGGUUGAUCUUGGCAGGAGCGCCCACACCGUCCGCAAGCGCGGCUACACACGGUGAUGCAAGCGCCGUUGAGACCUAUCUCUAUCCAACUGAGGCCUUCGCCCUCUCAGUGGCACCACUGUGUAAGGAGCUCAACGCAUCCCUUGGGCUUCACCUGGGCCUUGAGCACUACGUCGCCCUCACCAGCGCGGGUACCGAACACCCUGCAGCACGAAGGUUUGCUGGGCACGUGGCUGAGGGCAAGCAGUGGCUGGAGCUGGAAGUGACGCGGGCCUUGGGCUGGGAUGAGUCCUUCGUCCAGCUGCGCGCCCUUCGGCUCCGCGUGGACCACGAGCUGCGGAACGCGUAUCGCCUGAACUGCACGCUGGACGCGUCGUAUCUCUUGGGUGAUGAGGUGCCAUCGCUGCUCCUGGAGGUGGACACAGAGGAAGUCUACGACUGGUUCCGCUAUGCCGGAUACCUGCGCUGGGCAAAGUACAUCCUCCAGCAACUCGAGCGAGGUUCCUCGAGCGUGGGCGACGGCGCCGUGGACCGCAGGGGCUCGACCACCUUGGUGGACCUCGCGGGUGGCGCUGGAUGGCUCUCGUUGCUGGUGAAGGCAGCGCUGCCCAACGCCACUGUGGUCUACACAGACCUCUCAGCCUCGGCCUGCGCCGUGGCUGAGAAGGCGAUGCAGCAGAACGCCGUUGGGUCGGUGGAGCUGCGCCAGGGCGACUUCUUUGAGCCCUUGGAAGGUGUGUCCUACGACUUCAUCUUCAGCUACCCGCCCCAGGUGCCAGACGCGGACUCUGGCGGUGGCGACGGCCGCGGAAGCCCUGAGCUGGCGCUGAGGGCGGCGGAUCCCAUGGAGUUCCUGGAGCGGUUCUGCCGGGAGGUCUCCUUUGGCACGGCCGGAUGGCUGGGUGUGACCUGGGAGCUCGUAGAGACGACAAUGACGGUCUGUUGUCAGCAAGGUUGGAAUGUGAGCAUUCCGGAGGCUUUCCAGCAAGACAUCAACCUCCCGGCCGUACUCCUCGAGCUCCGGCGCCCGGACACGCCGCGGACCGCGCCCGGAGACGGCGCGGAUCGCCGUGCCUGCGCGGAGCACGCACGCCGCGCGGCGGGGCGAUGCCGCGAGUGGCUCAUGCGGCAGGGACAGCUGCAGAGGUCAGCGGAGAUGGGACAUCCUGCGGCGCAGACGAAGUGGGGAAUCCAGCUGAUGCAGCGCUCGGCCGAGUGGAAGGAUGCCUCCCUCCAGCAGGAGGCCAUCCGCUGGUACAAACGCGCAGCACAGCAGGGCGAGAUGGCGGCCGCCACACGGCUGGGCUUCUUGUACUUGACUGGCGAUGGUGUGAAGAAGAAUGCCAAAAAAGGCCUUGACUACUUGUGGCGCGCGUCUCUGCAGGGUGAGCCCGGUGCCAUGUUUGGUUUGGCCGAGACGGAGGCCUUGGCGGGCCACGAGGAGGCAGCGAAGCAAUGGUACCGGAGGUCUGCCGCGCGCGGCUUCACCGAAGCCAAGCGUCAGCUGGGGCUCUUUCUUUUGUCCCGGUCUGGUGAGCACUCGGAAGAGGCCUUUGAGCAGCUCAAAGAGGCCGCAGCUGAGGGUGAUGCCAAGGCGCACCAGCUGCUGAGGCAGUACUUCUUCCAGACUUCCCAAGAACUUUGAGGCUGCUGAGCGGCAGCUGCGGGAUUGGCGUGCACGUUUCUUGGAGCUUGCAGAGCUGCGCUAGACUCGACAGAGGUCUGCGAUUGCUUGCGACGUGAAACGCCGGCGUUUCGCUGCCUGAGAACGCCUUUGAGUCACCGAGAACGUGGUUCCAGACAUGAUCGCAAAGCAGGAAAUAGGCUAUGCCGACUGCGCCACACACGCUGCGCUUCGAUCAUCCACCAUGCCAACCUGGUGGGCAGCAGUGGUGAAGAUCAGAACGCACAGGCUGCCGAAAGACCUGAGAUGCCCUUUCUGUGUGUUAUUUUCCGUCCUUUCGUUUGCGCGUCUUGAAGCAUUGGCUGGCGAUUCGCAAAGUCGCGGUUGGAGCUCAGUGCUUUGAGAUGCUUUAGAGAGCCUUUGCCUGUGCCGCUCAUAGGAAGUUCAAUGCCAGCCGGAUUUGGAGCUUGCACGAGCGGAG